GCUCUGUUUGAGCAGUCGGAGUCCAGCAGCUGGAGAAGUCAAACGUGUCGCCAGGUCAGCCAUGUCAUCUGAGCCUCCCCCGCCGCCAUCGCAGCCCCCGACACAUCAGACUUCUGUUGGGCUACUGGACACUCCUCGGGCCCGGGAUCGCUCUCCAUCCCCGCUGCGAGGCAAUGUGGUCCCUAGCCCUCUGCCCACCCGCAGGACAAGAACUUUCUCGGCGACGGUGCGGGCUUCACAAGGCCCUGUCUACAAAGGAGUCUGUAAAUGCUUCUGCCGGUCCAAGGGCCACGGCUUCAUCACCCCAGCUGAUGGUGGCCCUGACAUCUUCCUACACAUCUCUGAUGUGGAAGGGGAAUAUGUUCCAGUGGAAGGCGACGAGGUCACCUAUAAGAUGUGCUCUAUCCCGCCCAAGAAUGAGAAACUGCAGGCUGUAGAGGUGGUCAUCACCCACCUGGCACCAGGCACCAAGCAUGAGACCUGGUCCGGGCAUGUCAUCAGCUCCUAGGACCUGCAAGAACCCCUUCUCCUGGGCUUGAGGGAGACUCUGGGGGGGAGGAGGAGCAGGACACUCUGGAUAUAACAUUCUACCAAGUGAGAUGGGGCCUCAAGGCCGGCAUGGCCCCUUUCAAGCAUUUCCUGGAAGAAGGGAGUUGUGGGCAGGCAGAGGAUGCUCAGCCACCAACACAGCCUCCAGCCAUUGCAACAAGCUCUCACUGUCUGAAAACAUUAAAAGCAUUUGAAAA